UCCUGGAAAGGCGUUCGCAAGCCGCAAGCUGCAAGCAAAUGUCCCGGCGAAGCUGCGCAUGGCGGACGCGUUUAUCGAUUGCUGCAGGACAUCGAUUAUAUCGACUGAAAGUCGGAGAAAAUCAUUUGACAGCAAUUGUCCCUGCAAAAUAACAGCGAGCGAGUUUUUGUAUACACGUAGCGAAGCUGGCGGAAACGUUUUCGUCUCUAGUGUCGGAAGUUUCAAGAUGGCGAAUAAUUAAUAAGUAUAAAGUGAGUUAAGGAGGAAGAGAGUGAAGAUAAUGAGGUGAAGUAAAUUAGUCAGAAAAUGGCGAUACAUGUUUUCGUUGCUGUCAGUCAAGUGUUGAAAUGACAAUUCGUGAACUGCUAGGAUUUUCAUUUUGCAGAAGAGUUGCUGAAACAAGUCACUUAUGAGUGACUUUUCUCACUAAAGUCAGCAAUUUGUCAGCAGGCGCUUUGACAGUUUGUGGCUUGUCAGUAAUUGAUAGCUUCGACAGUAUUCAUGAAUUUCAUUUCUAAAUGUUGGCCAAGUGAACAGCACAAAUAUAUCUCAAAGAAGACUCGCUAUAAACAAAUGCUUAUGAAAGAAUUGAAUCGAAUCACGUCCAAAGAAAUCGAAAUUGGUCAUCUGUAUUCUUUGCUGGACAACGAAUCAUCCAUGUCAGUUUUUCAGCAUGUAAACCUCCCGUUGGCGCCAACAUAAGUAUUUAGCAUUUUCAUUUGACAAAUUAGUGUAUUUUUCUUCUUUUGCAAAAAGUUGCAUACUUGUAUGUAAGGUACAGUAGAUUUUCAAUGCU